AAUGGAGCAUUUCAAUCCAAGAAGCGUGGAAGAGGUUUUCAAAGAAUUCAAGGGUCGAAGGACUGCCUUACUCACAGCUCUCACUACAGAUUUUGAUGAAGUUUAUAGGCGGUGUGACAUCCCAGGUCGGAAUGGGAAGCUUUUCCUUAUGGGACAUCCAGGUGAAGAAUGGGAAGUGAAUUUUGCAGGAAGAGGAAUGCAUGGAGAGCUUCCUCAACCCCAUAGCGGCAUUAACUUUGCUCGAGAAAGAAUGGAGAAAAGGGAGUGGCUCACUAUGCUUGCAAUUCACAGUGACAUAUGGCUACUUGCUGUUGCAUUCUCUUUUAGUUCAAGUCUUGGCCAUGACAAAGCUGAUAAGUAUGUUUUUGAUAUAUUGAAAAGGGAAAGAAUUGAAUGAA